AUGCUUCAAAGAUUAUCGAGCUCAAUAUUGCUACUCUGUGGAGCAUUUUAUCCGAGCUUUUUUUCAGCUGUGUAUGUAUUCUCUGGCACGCUUAUAUGAUUCGCGACUUUAUUUGCUAAACAAAUCCCCGAAUCUCUAUUGCGAGCGGCAUUAAUUUUUGGGCUUAUAAGUUUGGCCGCAAAGAUCACUGUUUUACUGAUGCUUAACUAUUCUGCUCUAAUGAUUUUUGGCUUCAGCCCAGAUUCUACAAUAAUGCAAGGGCUUUUCUUUAAUGAAGGUAAUUCAUUUGUCUUCUAUUUUAAAAAUUUUGCAUUUGAUAUAAUUGCAAUAAUUUGUUUGGUUCUUUCACUGAUAGGAAAACGAAAGCUAAAGCACAAGCAAUAUUUUAAGUUUAGGAUAGAAAUUAUGUGAAUCGGGCUUUUUAUUUUAGCAAUUUAUGCUUCCAGUUAUGUUACCUGAGCGAAUUUUAUUUAUUCUUUGACAUCUUUGGUAUAUGCUGCAAAUCUAAGAUAUAAAUCUAUGAAAUUAAAUUUGUUAAUUUUUAGAUUUAUUUCAAUUGCUGCUACAGUUCAAAUAGUUACAUCUUACAUAUUGGCAUUAAUUUUUGAAGAUCCGUCUUUGAGUAAAUCAUUCUGGAUAUAUGGAUUUAUCUUAAACGACUUAAAUAUUCUUGGUAUGUUUUUGAUGGCAUUUUUAGUGCAUUUAAUUUUUACGUUUUUUUCGAUUGCUUAUAAACAGGAAAAGCAUUUUGGAGAAACAACAAGUGAUAUGCAAAUCCCUUUGAUUUCAAAAGAAUAUGAGACUGAGCCAUCUUUGCAAGAAAGCUUUGAUAAGCCAAGCUUGAAAUAUUUCUUGAAUAAUAGCCCAAAAGAGCUGCUAUUUCAUACAUUGGCAAGAUUAAUGCUAAUCGUAUGGGUCAUUUAUUUCAGAAAUAUUUUAAGUAUUUUUCUUAUGAUUCCAUUAUUUUACACUAUAAUAUCGACUUCUAAAAGAAAAACACUGUUCAUCUAUCGAUUUAUAGUAAUACCACUUCAAUCUGUAGGGUUUGGAAUUUCAUAUGGCAUUAAGCUUUAUAACGACGCUCACUCAUACAAAGAUUUAGCAGCUAUUUCUUAUUUAUUUGUGACAACAAUAUGGUUCUUAAUUUUAGUAAGGCUUCCUUAUGUAAAAGAGAAAUAAAAUUGUGACGUCGACGGAAAUUGGACUCAUAUGGAGGAGGUAGAAUUCAUCCUUAGAAGUUGAAAUUGUCCUCUUAUGGUAGGCCUUCAGGCUUGGGGAUGUCUUGCCGAAAAGGGGAAAGUUUUGUUUCUCCCAGAAGGUUUUCCUAUUCCUGCCUGAUGGACUAGACAGGUUUUGCCUACACAUGGUCUUUCCCCAUUGGGAUCAUCUGGCACUCAACAGACAGUGGCGCUUCCCAAAGGGGCUGAUCCUAAGGGCAGGUCGUUUAGGUCGGAAAUCCAAGAUGGCAUCGGGCGAGAAGUAUGCUAGCAUUAAAAUCUUGUUUUCCUAGAGCCGAGACGGGGCGAUUGCUAGUGGAUUGCCACUUAUGGCCGAAUCCCUAUUUAAUUUAAUUAUGUAAAAAACUGAAGAAAAAUAUACCAGGAAGUUAAUUCGACCCCUUUAAGUGAGAACAGAAAAUUUGUUCCAAUUAUAACUCAUUUAAUAUUUUUGAAAAAUAAAUCAUUAAGUUUAACGAAUUACUCUAGGCAAAAGCCCCAGUCUUCUUUACUUGAGGUUCAGCUACAUUAACAGCUCUGAACAACGGUAGGUGAACCUGCCUAACCGUCGAACCGUUAAAGUUAAUAAGCCCGUUAAGACUUCUCUAGUCAGUGCCAGCCCAGCACCGACCCUCCUCUUCAAGCCGAGAAUCUCAAGAAGCUUGACUUCUCUCACUAAGCUCGGAGGUAGGACCCGGACCUGCGGAGCAGGAGUUAGGACCUAUUCCUAACUGAUAUUUUUAAUAUGUAAUAAAUCAUAAAACAAGUUUAUGAAAUUGAUAAAUUAAUUUAUAGAAUUAGUUUAUUAGCAUUCUAAUCCAAUUCCACUAAUAAAUAAACAAUUUAUAAGUAAAUUUAUGAUUUUUAUGCUAUUAAAUGAGGUAUUAAAGCUAUUUAUAUAGAAAAUAUCAUUUUAACUAUAAAAUUUCGAUUUUUUUCAAUCUAAAGAAGAAAUUCUGCAGUAAUUUGUUCCAGUUAAAAGUGUGGAGUAAGAACUUUGUUUUCCUAUUGGCAUUGAAUUUCUUUAUUUGGAAUAAUGUCAGCAGCGCUCUCUGAAAUUAACUAUAUUCUCGGAAUUAUUAUUAUAUUUUAUUUUAUUUUCCUUAUUGUUCCACCACUUAUUGAAAAAUACUGGAAAUGGUUAGUGCUAUAUUCUAUGGCAGCUCUUCUUAUCUCUAAAAUUUUUAAUGUAUUUCCUUCAUUGGCAUCGUUUUUGCUGCUCGAUAACUAUAAAAUUGGCUCGCUUGGCAUUUCAUUAGAUGAUAACGAAAAAGUUAUUUAUCUGAACGAAGUUAUAUUAUGGACAGUUGUCAUUUUAUCUGGAAUUCAGUUAUGAGUAAACAAAGCCAGCCAUCAGCUGCACAGUGAAUCUCUAAAAAUCGAGGAAGAACAAGAAGAUAGAAAACUGAUAAAAGCAUGAAAAAAGAUUUUAUAUAAAGCUAUUCAUUGAAUUAAGAGAGGUGAAAUAUGGCUCAGUAUCCUUCUUAUUUUUACUUUUAUUUUAUUUUCAGCACACAAUAUUAAAGAUGUCAGUUAGAGAUAGAUCCUAACUCCUGCAGGUAAGUGACCUAUUUUCGAGCUUAGUGAAAGAGGUCUUGCCUCCUGAGAGUCUCCGAAAAAGUGUGAAGAGGUCAGUGCUGAGUCUUGCGCUGACUAGAGAAGUCUUAACGGACUUGUUAACAUUAAAGGUUCGACGUUUAGGGCGGUCCACCUACUGUUGUUCAGAGCUGUUAAUCAAGUUGAACCUCAAGCAAGGAGACUUCGUGCAAGAGUAAUUCGUUAAACUUAAACUUAAACUUAAAAUUUUCAGCAGAAAAUUUAAUAAACUUUGGAAGGUUCAUUUUAGCAGGAGUUUUACUUAUAUUACUGAGAAAACCAAUUAAAAAACCAGAUAAUAGAAAUGCUGAUCAAGAAGAUCAUGAAGCUGGAGAUAAAGAAGAAAAUAAAGAAGAAGAAAAUCAGCCUGAAUCUAUUAACAAUCCUUUGCUGGGUUUACUUACAAAUAAGUUUACAGUAAAAACUAUAACAAAUGCUAGCGUUACAAACAGUCCACUUCAAGGGCAAGAAACCAAAGAAAAUUUCAUGUGGUAUGACUACACAGCAUUAUGGGUAAUUACUUAUAUCUUCAUGUGCCUGAGCGCAGUAAUUUUAAUAGGAGAAUAUUUUUACCAAUUCUGGCCAUACCUGCCUUUCCCAACCUUAGAUAUAUCAUUAAUUGGAUUCAGCAUUUACAGCCGAAAAGAUUUAUAUUCCACACUUCUGCUUGACUCUUGUCUCUUUAUUUCAUCAAAAUACACCUAUCACUUAAUAAUCAGACAACAAGAAUCUUCAAAAAUGACAAUUUCUGAGUUAAUUAAAACCUAUCAAUUCAGAGCUUUUUGUGAGUGCUUCAAUUUUGCUCUUUUAUUUACGAUUUUCUAUUUAUCAUGCUACUGAAAAUUAUCAUUCUCUAUGCUUCUCUAUUUGAUUGUAAUCAUUAUCUAUUUCAUUGCUAUUUCCAUAUACCUUAAUUCUAAAAAUAAAACAGGCUACCGAAAGGAGUGAAAUUAUAGACUUAAUAUGUGAAAAGUCCUAUUUACAAUCACAAUAUUAGCACUGAUUUUUUCAUAUACUGAUAUCAUGAUGCAGCCAUUAUAUGAAUCACAAUCAUACGAAUACACUGAAUGAAUAUUUUAUUUUUCAGGAUUUAGCGCAUCAAAGAAAUGGAGUAUUUUUGAUAAUUAUGGGUAUGUAGUAAUUUGCAUAAUGCUGAUAAUUGAAAGGCACUGUUUGGAGUAUUUAAAGCCGAAUUAUGAUGCCACAUAUUUGACUGGGCUAUUGAAAAGUGAUAAAGUAAAAAUAAGCAAAAAGGUAAAUGUGAUUGUGGUUAGAAUUUUAACUUGGCUAAGGACUAUUUCAGAGGCUAUAAUACCUAUGAUACUCUUAUUUACAGCUUUCCAAAAACUCACUGUUAUUGGCUUUGUCUAUCUCCUUACAGCUUUAUUUGUACCUUUAGCUAAUAAAAGAAAUCAAAAGGUGAUCAUUUGUAUAGUCGUCGCAAUUAUGGUUAUCUUGCAGUAUUCAUUGAUUUUGAGCAACAUUAAUGGAAAAAAUUCACCACAAAAGUCGCCUGCUAGAGAUCCAUUCGAAAAUCCUUGGUAUGCUCGCAUUGAUUGGCCUACAAAAGAUGAUGCUUAUUUUCUAAGUUUAGGGACUGAAAUUUCUCAGCUCCAUUCCUUGCUAUAUGACGAAAUAAUAUUAUUGCUAUGUCUAUUCCAUUUUAUUGUACUUUCAAAUGAAAGAGACAAACUUAAAAAAUUAGAAAAAGAAAAAGGUGAGUUUGCAGAAGCAAAGAAUGAAGAAAAAGAAACCGAAAAAUUGAAAAUCUUUAUGGAUACCCUGAAGAAAAAUACUUUAAGAUUUUCAAGACUGUUACUGCUGUUUCUUGUUCUACUAUUUUUGACUAACAGUUUUGGACUUAUCAGUUUGGUUUAUAUCAUUUUUUCUUUAUUAUUGAUUAUCAAAGAAACGACUCUAGUAAAAUCAAAUCUAGGAUCCUACACAAGGUUGUUAUCACAUCUUCUUAUAUACACUUUAUUGGAUCUUAUUAUUCAAUUUGUUUUCCAAAUCCCAUUUAAAGUGUUUGAUAGCUAUAAGGAUAGUAGUCUGUUUAAAGUAAUUGGAGUGAAAAGACUGUGGAGUGCAGGAACUGACGAAGAAAACUCAGAAGACUAUUCAAGUUCACAGCUUGAAAUAGAUAUGAAAAUUCUUAUUUUUACACUAAUGUAUGUUAUAUACCGAAUGAUCAACAGCCAAGAAUUUCUGGUAUAUUUUGACUCUCUAACAAAGGAAAUCCUUCGUGAAUCAAUUGGAAUAGGAAUUGAAAAGGCUAGGCUAUUUAAUGAUGGGCUAAUUGAGAAAAACAUAAAAUAUGAGCAAAGAAGAGCCAUAUUUGUAGAGAAGCUUGAAAGAUUAGAAACUCAGCUUAAUUUAAUUAGAAAAAAUGCGCCAAUAACUUUUACAUACCAAAAAUCAGAAAAUGAAUCUUAUGAAAUUGAAAAAGAAGGCCAAAUGAAGAAAAUUAAAAAUAUUUUUGAUAGAAUUCUUAUAAGCAUGGUAGAUACUGCGAUGUUUAGAAAGUUUAUUUCAACUAUAAUUGAAAGAAACUCCAAAAUUCAGAAUAUUAAUAUUGAACUUGAAGAUUUAGGUUCUCAGCCCCAAAAAAUUUUUAGAAGAGCUUCUGUCAGCAACAAGCAAUCAAAAGAAGAUAAUGAGCUUAAUUUAGAAGAUGAAUCUUCUGCUGUAGAAGUAUAUAAUUUGACGCUAAGUGAUUAUAUUAAGCUGCUUUUACUUUAUAUUCCAGCCAGCAACACACAAAAUAUUGUGUUUUUUAUGUGCUUUCUUAACAAUUUUAUAUACGCAAGCUUAGAAUCAGUUAUUUUACCAAUAUCUAUUGUAGGAUAUGCUAUGUUCGAGAACCCAAGACCCCCAUCUAACUAUUUUUGGCUAUUAUUAUAUUAUAUAAGCACUGUCGUUUUUGUUAAAUUUUGCUUCCAGCUUGACUUGUGGCCAUAUUUAACCAAUGAUGUGUUUCCCAUAAAUUAUCAUGAUCCAGCAAAAAUAGGAUUUAAUUUAGCCCAAAACACAUAUAGCGGAGCAUUCUUCUGGUAUAUUUUCUAUGAUGCCUUGCUUAUCGUUACAAUUUUAUUCCAUACUUAUUAUCUGAGAAGAGUAGGACUGCACAAUCGUGUGGAGUAUGAAAUUGAGUCUUUUGAGCAGGCCAAGGUUCGAUAUAUCAAACAAGUAAGCAGCGCUGAUGAAAGUUUGGAAUUAAAAUCUCAUUACCCCUAUCAGAUAGAUUCUGGCUCUUUCUUUGGCAAAUUCGUUAAAUUAAUAUCUAGGAUAAUUCCUAAAAACAAAGAAGAGAAGCCAGGCAAAGAUUUAUAUCUUCCUCUAAUUUUGAUACAACUUAUUAUUUUGGUUUACAUUUUUAUUUGCUUUACAAGAAUGGAAGGCUAUUCACAUGAUAUUUCUCAGUCAAUAAAAGCUAACCAGUUUCAAGGAAGAAUGGUAAUUGCUUUGAUGCUUCAGUUCUUUUUAAUAUUAAUCGAAAGGUAUUUGUAUGUAAGAAAAACAUCACAAGCGUUGAAAGAUGACCAAGUGGCAUCAUUGGAAAGAAAAGACACUUUAUUAAAUGCUAAAAGGGGCCAAAGAAGAGCAAGCACGAAAAAAAUGACUUUCUUACCAGCAGCUUCUACUGAAAAAAUUGAGUUUGACAAGGAACUUAUUCACAGGCAAUUUACAGAAGCUGAAAAUUGCAAAAAUAUCAAAGUAACUUGGGUUGAAGGAGAUCACGAAAUAGUUCAAUGGAAAGUCGUAUUUAAUGUAGAAGCUAUAGAAAAUUCAAAAGACAAAAAAAUUGAGGCUACAAUAAUUUUCCCAUUUCAGUACCCUAAAUACCCCCCAAAAAUGAUCUGCAAGAAGAAUAUUCAUCAUAAAAUUAUUGAUAACUAUGAAAAAAGCAUUAUCCCAGAAUUUAUCAAUGGGGAUUGGAAAGGCGACCAUGCUAUUUACAAUAUUUUAAAUCAAAUCUUAAUUGAAUUUAAUUAUGAGGCUCCUCAUCUUGAAAAGAGCUCUGAAAAAAGAUGGAAUAAAGCUAUGAUAGUUAGACUCCUUUCCAAUAUCUUGAUUAUGGCAGCUAUCCACGCUUUAGUGUUUUGGUAUUUCCCAAUUGAUGGAAAUCGCAGUCUUUCAGGCAAACCUUAUUGCACAUCAUUUGAUAACAGAGAUUGCAAUGACUUCCAAAUAAAUGUUUAUAUUGAAUGGUUUUACAUUCUUUUUGCAAUAUACUUUGUUAUUAUGUCACUACAGAUCAGACAUGGGCUUCCUUCCUUUAGAAAAGUAUCAUUUCCUUUUAUGAGAAGCACGUCAAUGACUUCUUAUAGGCUAUUCAAAGCAUAUUUAGCAUUACCAUUUUUAUAUGAGCUAAGAACACUUUUAGACUGAACGUUUACACCAACUGCUCUUGAUUUGUUCCAGUGGUUUAAAUUUGAAGAUAUAAAUGCGAGACUAUAUCAGACAAGAUGCAUACAAUUAUCUUACAGUUAUCAUAAAAAAGGAGAAAAUAUUUCAGCAUGGCAAAAAGGUUAUAUGGGAUUUUUUACACUGUUUUUAAUAUGCUUCGUGAUACUGAUUCCACUAAUUAUUUUUAGUUCUUUAAAUCCUAUAAUGGAAAAAAAUGAUGUGAAAUGAAUGGAUAUUCUAACUUAAAUUAAUAUUGGAAAAAUAUUUUAAGUUUAAUUUCUAAAUAAUAGGGGAAAUUAAAAAAUUGUGUUAUUAUACUUUUGGCUAUUAAUCUAUCACAGAUCAUGAAAAUAAAAAUUAUUUGUCAAAGCAGAAGCUAUUCCUUAUAUGACACAAAAUCCCAUGAUGAAAUGCAUUUUAUCACAGAUGAAGAAUGAAAUGCUAAAAACAUGAAUGAGGUCAAAGAUAUCCAAUCUAGUGAUAAGCCACACCUGCAGGUUAUUUCGUUGCCGAGAUUUCAAGAAACAUAUUGGGGAAUUACUCCACCUAGUAGAGAUAGACUAUGUUAUACAUUGAAUAAUACUGCAAACUAUCAAGAAUCGAAGCUGCUAAUGGUUUAUACAUUUUGAAGAACUUAUCCAACAACUCAGCCAGGAGUUUCUGAGACUUUAUUUAUUCCUUUGGGCAAUUCCACAAAUACGUUCUAUCAGAUGAUCUGUGAAGGAAAAUAUGAUAUGAUUUACUCUAAAACCCAUUUCUACGGUAGUUUCGUAAAGCUUCCAAGCGCAGGAGCAACAAUAACUCCUUAUACAGUAAUUGAUGAAAAAUUCUCACCAAAUUUAUACAUGAAAAUUCACAAAGAUGAGAGAAAUUCAUCAUAUUGGGAAGUAGGAAUAUUAACAGGUCAGCGAAGACCUAAAGGACCUGUUUUUUAUGUUAUUUCUGAUAGUUAUAGUCCAGUCACUUUCGGCUUCUCGCUAUGGGCAUUUUAUAUCUCUAUUGUUUAUCUUAUAGCUAGAUUCCUAACACCCCUUUUAUCAGUGAAAACCAUUAAAAACUCUCUAUUUUGGGAAUUAUCGCCUUCAUUAGAGAGGAAAAAGUUUUUUUAAUAUAAAAAUUUUAUGCAAAUAAUAAUUCGAUUGCUAUAAUUAGAUCUCCAGCUAAUACUAUAAAAUUUAAAAUAGCUUAAACCCUUAAACAUUAAUGUUUUAAAAUAAAGUGCAUAUAUGAGCUUUUAAAAAAAAAAAAUUGACCUAUUUUGGUGAAAACAAAAGAUCCUACUCGCUAAUCAAGAGAGAUUAAGAUACUUUGUAACAGGGGGUUCACAAAAUAUUUAUAUGACUGAUAUGAAAAAUCCAGUGCCUUUAAUUACUUUAUGCUCAGGAAUUUAUGUGUGCCGUAUGAGAGGGCAAUUAAUAAAAGAGGAAGAGCUUUAUUAUGAGUUAAUAGAUAUUCUUCGCUCUACAGAGCAAGUUAAAUCAAUGACAGGAACAAGCUCCAUAAAGGAGAAAAUGGAUUAA